AUGGACUCGUCGACCAGCUGUCUGGAGAACCUGAGCCCUUUCGAGGAGGGCCAAGAUGGAAUGUACUUGACCUGGCGCUACAAGCCUUCGUUCCGAAACGUCCACAGAGUUGUGCAGUCCUAUCUUCAGAUGCUCAUUCUCUUGGCCCUGGCAAUCGUGCCUAUGUGGGUACUAUCCUUCGGACAGAACGACUACUACGUGGCAUCUGAAGGCGGCAUGUGCCUACAGAGCGAUGGUGUCACGCCAAUCUCGGCGGAGGACUAUCCCACAAACGAGCCUCCUCACUGCAAGUAUGGUCUCACACCAGAGGCUGCAGAGGGAGGCUGGAUGACGUCGCCUUGGCAAAAGCACGCCCACCGAAAUGGAGCUUGGUAUCAGGCCUUGAUUGCAGCUCACAUCGUCUUUGGUUGUGUCCUCACGGCGGCCACGUUCGUCGCCUUCUUCUCCUUUCUCUUUGGGCAGCUCUGCUGCGCAGCACACCGUGGUAGUGAGUCAGCACGUGUCCGCAUCACAUCGCUGGUCUACUACUACGGCUUCGUGUGGGGCUGGGUUGCAAACAUCACCGUGGCGAUCGCCAUGGCCUUCACGCGCUUCUUCACCCUCGGCUCGGAUGCCACGAACUGGAGGUGGAUGUUCAGCUCGGGAUUCUUCGUGACAUUCUACUUCAUCGUCCUCAUCGUGCUCUUGAACCUGAAUGUCUUGCUACAAGAUAGCAAAGCCGACACCUACACCGUCGGGGAGACGUAUCUGCGGCGCCUGACACUCUACAGCGCGCAGGGCAUGUUCGUCAUGUGCCUCUCCCUGGUGAUCGUCCUGACAUUCUCACCCGAAACGAUGGAGCUUUUGGGCAUGUCCGACUACGAUCGCAUCAUGCUGGCGGUCGUCACCGCCUUCAUCAUCGAGCCGAUGUUAGGCUUCGGAUUCAAGAUCAGUUCAAGCUCCGAUGAUCACUUUAAAGCCCUGGCGGCUUGCACCGUCUACUUCAUCACCAUCCUGACGAUGGCGAUCAACCUCACGUACAUGUUCGACACAACGAAGACCGUGCCGGUGGUCGUGCUGCUGCUUAGCCUCUACCUUGCCACGAUGAUUUGGACGGGAUUUCUGAUAUCAGCGCAAGGAGGGUCAGGAGAAGAUCAAAGCAUUUGCCAGCAACUUUGCCGAGUCUUUUCUUGUGGCUGUUGCGACCUCUUCGGCUCCAAGCCAGCGCCGGCCUCCGCGACACCCGGGAAGCCCGCAGACGGCGCUCUCCCGACGCUGCUGGCAGAUCGCUUCAAGCCUGCGGACCAGUCACCGCUUCUGGAGGAUGCCAAGAAGAGUGAGGCUUAG